AUCUCUUCCCCCCAGGGCCCGACAGUCGGGCGAGGGCCGAGGCGGUCCGCCAGGCGGAGGCUGCUCGGUCGGUUCCUCCCUUUCGGCGUCCCUCGGCCUCCGCGAUGGAUUCCUGGGUCCGUUUCAGCGCCCAAAGCCAAGCCAAGGAGCGGGUGUUCAGAGCUGCCCAGUAUGCCUGCACUCUACUAAGCUAUGCCCUGCAGAAGAAUGGCGCUGGACCUGAUUUUCUUGCUAGGAUCAAGCAGCUGGAGGCUCAUCUGAGUUUGGGACGCAAGCUAUUCCGGCUGGGGAACUCUGCGGACGCUCUGGAGGCAGCCAAAAGAGCCAUCCACCUGUCGGAUAUUGUCCUUCGUUUCUGCAUCACAGUGAGCCAUUUGAACCGAGCCAUGUACUUCGCCUGUGACAACAUCUUGUGGGCGGGGAAAUCGGGUCUCGUCCCACACAUGGACCACGAGAAGUGGAGUCAGCGGUCAUUCAGAUAUUACCUCUUUGCGCUGAUUAUGAGCUUGAGCCGGGACGCCUACGAAAUCCGGCUGCUGAUGGAGCGGGAGGUGAACGCCAAGUCUCACAAAGGAAGCUGCAGAAAUGGCAGGUCCGCCCCGGGGGAGGAUCAUCGCUCCCAGCAGUUGGCCCAAAGGCUGAAGCUGCAGCUCUGUCUCCUGGCCCAAGUGCUGCGGAACAACCCUCCGCUGCUGCUCGACGUGAUGAAAAACGCCUGUGACAUUUUCAUUCCCUUGGACAAGCUGGGCAUGUACAAGACCAGUUCCGGUUUCGUGGGUCUCUGCGGCCUGACCUCCUCCAUCCUCUCCAUCCUCACCAUCCUCCACCCGUGGCUGAAGCUGAAACCUUGACUGGCGCUGGUCGGCCUGGCUAGCUGAGGUUCUUCCUCUCCUAAAUUUCCCAGUCCGGAAACUAGGUUAGGGAGCUAGUAACAUGGCAGACUCAGCCAGCCAGGCCCUGCUUGGGAAAAGGGGUUCCUCUGAACUGGG